AAAAAUCCACUAUUUCAGAGUACUUGUUUUGUAAAAGAUAAGAUUAUAACGAGUCCCAUAUAAACACCUUGAAUAAUUCCAAUGGCGCCUGUUCAACAUCUUUUCAACCAUGGUGUCGACGUCAGUUGUGUUGCUUCUUUGCAUCAUAGGAGCGACUUAUGCCGAGCAACAAUUCAUCGGAAAACUGCCUAACAGGAAGAGAUCUCAAAACUCUCUGUACAUAUUCAACGGCAACAAAACAUCCAUCACCAAAUACCCUUACAUUGCGUCAUUGGAGCAAUAUGGAGAAGAGUACGGCGCAGCAGUGGUACUGAACAAGAACUGGCUCCUUACUACUGGAUGGAAUGUAGAUCCAGAAUGGAUUCCAACUGCUGAUCUGACGUUCCGAGUUGGCAGCAGUUUCUACAACAAGCAAGGCCAGGUGUUGAAGCCCGGCAAGGUGGUGAUACACCCGAACUAUACUGGGGAUGGCUGGGACUAUGACAUUGCCCUGGUCAAGGUCAAGAAACCCAUCAAGUUGGGGAAGAAGGUGAAGGCCAUCACAUUGGGCACAAAGUCACUGAAACCCAACACCAAGGCUUGGACUGCCGGGUGGGGCUAUGACGCGACCGAGAACAUUCCCAAGAGCAUAUUGGAGGCGCAGAUAACUGUUUACAACAGGAAGAAGUGUGUUGGAACGUACGGCGACUACCUCACACCCAGGCUGUUCUGUACUUUGGACCAAAAUGUGGCAGCUUGCCCCUACGACUUUGGUGACCCGGUGGUGGUCGAUGGUGUACUCUAUGGAUUGUUUGCUGGAGGAUACACUUGUUCUCCUGGUUCUUAUCCCGUACUUUACACAGACGUGCCUUCCCUCCAAGAUUGGGUCCAGAGUGUCAUCACAAAAGACUUAGAAGAACAGGAAUAAAAAUGUCGAAAAUUUGUAUUUAAUGUAACAAUAAAUUAUAUCUGUUAA